CCACUGUAAACAUGCGUGGCGAAGAAGUUCGAAGUACAGUCGCGGUCGUCUGUCAAUGAUACAUUGAGAUUUAGCCAAAAUGACUGAUGCAAAUACAUGGACCUGUGAUCAGGUUGCAUUUUGGUUGGAACAGAAUAACUUUAGCCAGUACAAGGAAUUGUUUUGUGUGGAUCACAAGAUUGACGGAAAGGUCUUACUGACACUAAGUGAGACAGACUUACGUCAGCCUCCUCUACAAUUAUCAGUUUUAGGUGAUAUCAAGAGAUUAUUUUUGUGUAUUCAUGAUUUACAAUCAGAAUGUGAUUCUGUCUGCUCCAAUAGAAAUCAUGAAAAGUUAAAAUUAAGAUAUGAUAAAUCAUUUAACUCUUCAUCAAAGUCAAGGAGAAGAACAAAAAUCCAUCACUCUGAUAGCGAAGAUUCUGGAUCAGGAGAUGAUAAUGACUACUUACCACAGAAACGUUACCAGCCAGACAGGGGUCCUCGGCCAUCAAAACAUUUAGACUCUGAAAUCUGGAAAACACUACUGGGAUUUCUCUAUGCAUUUUCAGUAUUUUUGGUGACUUCUUUUGUUAUGGUUGUUGUUCAUGAUAGAGUUCCUGACACAGACAAAUAUCCACCCCUUCCUGACAUCUUCUUAGACAAUAUACCUUAUACUCCCUGGGCAUUUGAGGCAUGUGAAGUCAUAGCCGUCUGCCUGGGUACAAUUUGGAGUAUUGUGCUGGUGUUCCACAAGCACAGAUUUAUUUUGCUGAGAAGGGUGUUCUCCAUCAUUGGUACCGUUUACCUCCUUCGCUGUAUCACAAUGUUGAUAACAUCUCUUUCUGUACCUAGCCCCCAUCUUAAAUGUGAAGGAAAGAUGUAUGGUGACAUUUGGGCCAAGGCAAAACGUACUAUGGAGAUCUGGAUGGGGAUGGGCAUGUCGUUGUCUGGUGUGAGGACGUGUGGCGACUACAUGUUCAGUGGGCAUACUGUCUGUAUCACUCUCCUCAACUUCUUCAUUACAGAAUAUACCCCAAGACAGGGAAAAUACAACUCCUACUAUUUACACAUGCUUACAUGGGUUGCUAAUAUGUUUGGCAUUUUCUUCAUCCUGGCUGCCCAUGAGCACUACUCUAUUGAUGUUUUCAUUGCCUUCUACAUCUCCUCCAGACUUUUCCUCUACUACCAUGUUCUUGCCAACAACCGAUCUCUCAUGUUGCGUGACAAAAAACGAAGGCGUAUAUGGUUUCCAUUGUUUUCAUUCUUUGAAUCCAAGUGUGAUGGCAUUGUGCCUAACGAGUUUGAGUGGCCAUUUCCGAGCUUGGAAACCAUUGUAGCAUUUUUUAGAAAACCAUCAGUUAAAAAUUCCUGACAUUGUUACUGAAUUCAUAUUGUGCCUGCAACUUUUUUGUCUUUGUAUCACAUUAUAUCAUGCAUUCAUAUUGGCCUGAUCUACAUUAUAGGUAUCAUUAGUCCCCUACCAGUGAGACUGGGGGGAGGGGGGGGGGGUUGUAUAUGUUUCUCUGUGUCCAUCUUGUAUGUUUGUUAGCACACGACUUAGUCGCUUCAUUGCUUGAGAGAUUUCGAUCAAACUUCACACAAUGAUAAAGGACCAUAAUAUCUCGACAAGGUUAUGUUUCAGGGUUUUUGGUUCAAUGUCUAGUGGGGCUGGUAGGGGACAUGUAUUAUUUUAGCAAUAUCAGGUGUGCUUGUUUAUAUCUUUUUGACAUAAAUUGCUAUCCAUGACACACCAAAAUCAAUUUAGACUGAAAUGUUUUGAUUUACAGAGAUUUCUUUUCGUCAUUAAACAAUCAUCAAGAGCAAAAUAUUGCUCUUUGAUGAUAACAAUAUUACGGUAGAAAGAGAUUCUCUUUAUAUAACUCUAUAUUUAUCUUACUCUCAUCACUUAAUGUUUUACCUCUGAAAGAGACAUUAAGUAAAUAUCUUUAUACUCAUUUUGAAAAUUGACCAUUAAUGUUAUGUAAACAUUUUGGCCACUCACUACUCAUUUGAGAACUGCUAUGUUCACAAAAAGAAACGAUUACAAAUACCCAAACAUAAUGUGAUGUUGACCCACUCCAUUAGGUACAAUGUAGGACACGAAACAUUUGAGUGUUCUGUUUGGAACUGUCUUUCAAUACUAUAAUAUUAAGUAGGUAGUAUGAACAAUUUCUUUAUUGUAAGUGUUUACAUGUAUUAUCUUUAUAGAUACAGAAAUAGCUACAUGUAAUGGGUCAGUCUCCCAAGGUCAUAAUUCAUGUGUCAUUGCUGAAUAAAGUCGAAUGUAGUCAUAAUUUACAUUGUAUAUGUAUCAGUCUCAAGAUUAUCAUGAGGUCAAAAAACUUGUGAGGUAAAUCACAAGAUUAGCUUAAGCAAAAUAUAGUAUUUGUAGCUUUGACUUUCCCAUAUAUUUUAAAAUUUUGUAGAAAAUAUUUGUAAUUGUUGACUUUGUCAGAAUGAUUAUACUCCAUAAUGGACAUGCAUGAGUAUGUAUUAAUUUAGUGAUAUGCCAAUUGCAUUUAAUUUUCCAAAAAGUGCAAACAAAUUUAUACAGGUGCCUCAAGUCAUGUUUGAUAGAAAUAGGUAAGCUAGCUAGGUAUUAAUGACAAUAUCAAGCUGAUCUGUAAUACAAAUAAUCAUCAGCUAAACAUCUGUAUUACAUCCUUUUCUGUUUGAGAUCUAUGCAUUCGUUUGGAGCCUACAUACUUAGCUGUAGGUUAGUUCAAAUGACUGAUUUUGCUGUAAGAUAAGGUUGCUUUUCAAAACAUUUACUGUAUCUUACAUAUGUAGGUGUUAUCAUUGUUUUGGUGAAGUUGUAUUAUGUGGAACAAUUACUUUAUUUAUAGAUGGAAUCUUACCAUGACCCAUAUUUGAUAUGGAAAUCCUGCCAUUCGGCAAAAUCAAGCUAGCAAUUGUUGUUUUUAUAGAAUGCAUUUAUUUUGUUUUUUAUUAUAUGAAAUUUGUUUAUUCUAUUUGUUAUAGGAAAGUUAUGUACAGACGGAUAGAGCGAUAUAUUUGACAGUUUAUAUGGAAUAUAAAUAUGGAAUAUACAUAUGAAUAUUUAAAGGUAUAUGUGGACAUUUUUAUGAUAAUGAAUAGGAAUGAAAAUAAGACUCUGCAUUUGUGCUACAAAUUUGCUUGUUUAAAUGUUUCAUCAAUGUUCAAAAGCACAUCAAGAUUGAUGAUACAAUCGUUGUUUAUUGACAAUUUUAUCAUUUCCUUUGGUCAUACAUGUAUAUGUAUAAAAUAAAAAGAUGUGUUACAGACCAUGUUUUAUUGAAAUAGAUCAUGCACAGUUUGAUAAAAAUAUCGUCAUUAAACCUAUGGUUUAUUUGAAAUUGCUCAGAACGCGUAUUUUUAUAAAAAAUACAUAAAACUCGACCAGCAGAUGCCUUUACAUAUUUUGCCUGUACCCAAAUCACAAUUGUCAUAAUAUUUUCACCUAAUUUAUUAAAUGUUAAGUAUUUGUUAAGUACAUCUUAUAUUGUUUAUUUUGUGAGCACGUGUCAAGGUGUCGUUAGUCAAAUAAUUGUGUUACGUUAUAAAAGAUGAUAGUGGCAAUCACUUCCUGUAAAAUAAAUUAUGAUUCAUUCUCGUUUAAUGGGUUUUAAAAUUGAUUUUUGAAAUAAUUGAUACACCCUUAACAAAUAUGGGAACACCUUUAUCAAAUUAAUGGUAUUGAUUUUGUUCUGUUUUUUUUUACGGACAGUAAUAAGUUUAUCGUUAAGUGAAACGGAUGAUGUUCAGUAAGUUGCAAAGAAUCAUUAAAAUAUAAAGUUCAGCCUGAUAAUGGUACUGCAAUGGUAGUUGAUAGGUGUAUCAACAUAAAGAAUCGUUAAUGGUACUGCAAUGGUAGUUGAUAGGUGUAUCAACAUAAAGAAUCGUUAUCAGAAUGUCAUUUGUGUGAUUGUGUUAUGGACUAUUUCUAGAUUAAAAGAGGAAGUCAUGUAAUGCCUCUCGUCAGAAAACGUUUACAUGACCAUUGAAAUAAUCAAAUUAAAUGUGGAAUUUCCGCAACGGUUUCUAUAAAAUACAUAAUUUAAUGAAAGGAAGAUGUAAAAUGGUUUUGUGAAUGUAGGCUGAAGUCACAAUUAUUAUAUUAUAUAAUGGUUUUGUGAACAUAGUGAUCGUUGACUGAAGUCACAAUUAUUAUAUUAUAUAAUGGUUUUGUUUUUGUGAACAUAGUGAUCGUAGGCUGAAGUCACAAUUAUUAUAUUAUAUAAUGGUUUUGUGAACAUAGUGAUCGUAGACUGAAGUCACAAUUAUUAUAUAUAAUGGUUUUGUGAACAUAGUGAUCGUUGACUGAAGUCACAAUUAUUAUAUAUAAUGGUUUUGUGAACAUAGUGAUCGUUGACUGAAGUCACAAUUAUUAUAUUAUAUAAUGGUUUUGUGAACAUAGUGAUCGUUGACUGAAGUCACAAUUAUUAUAUUAUAUAAUGGUUUUGUGAACAUAGUGAAUGUGGACUGAAGUCACAAUUACACUGUACAUGUAUUAUAUAUAAUGGUUUUAUGCAACAAUAUCAUGCAUCGUUGAAUAUUAUCAUAGGUUUACGUUUUUCUAUAUGUUAUACAUGCUUUCUAUCUCUACUGUGAAAGUUGUGGCUACACAAAUAUACACAAUCUAAUUAUUUGCUGUUUGUUGAAUAGUUUUGAAAGUAACGCUUAAAGCAGUGUAUGCAUGAAGUUUAAUUCUGAUAUCUAUCAAGAAAUACAGGUGAACACUUUAUCAAUAUAUGUAUAUGUAAUUAAGCUUGGAUGUUUUCAAAGAUGAUACUACUGCGCCUUCAAAAAACCUAUAAACCUAUUCCAUUUUAAGUUCAUAUCAACAGAGAAAUUUAAAUCAAUGUAAGGAAAAUGAUUCUCAGCUUCUUUUUGGUUUCUUCACUUUUCCUAUUUUCCAUAUUGUUUUAUUGCUUUGUAAUACAAAACAGAUCGUCUAUUAUUAUGUAGAGAAAUCAUGAAAAUUACGAAAAAUUACAAAAUAUCAUAAUGAUAAAUUUGAGCAAAACAUACAUUCAGAUAUUCAUAAUAUAUAGCUAAGAUGUAGCACUGUAGGUUGUUACUUUCAUCAAAGGCUGUAAUCUUAAAUAUUUUCCUCAUUAAUUUAAUUUCAAUGUUGUUAAUACAUUUAAACCCGUAUACUGACUCGAAUGGAAUAUAUGCUACUGUAACAGUGUCGUGCAUCAUCCAAAGUAAAAAUGUACAUUUACUUAGCACGUAACAGAUGAUUGUUGUUUACCCUACAUUCCUCCACGCAAUCAUACGUCUAUCCAUACAUUACUGUUUUCAAAUGACAUGCUGUUGUGAGGUUGACAUGAGAAAUGUUUUAUGUGUAAUCUUGUUAAUCCUCAUUAACUUUUAUAACAUCACGUUAAUGUUGUGUCACAUUUUUGACAUUUAGAAUUGGAAUUAGAAUUACCCAAUGAUCUUAUGAUUGACCUGUGACCUUAUGGUUGACAUUUGACAUUAUUUGUAUAAAUUAGCAGGCCAUUAGUAUACCGCCUUCAGGGUUUGAAGAAUUUUUCAAACUUAUAUCAGCACAAUUGACGUUUGACAGUUGUCGUAACAUCAACAUUCGCACGUAUAUGUUCAUCUAUUUAGCUAAUAACACGUCCAUUUUGAUUUUCUUUGUGUUUAAAACAAUAAGCCUAUCGUUAAACUGGUAAUAUACUGAAUCAAUUUGCCUUUUUAAUCUGCUGUCUUAUUUCGUCUUGCCGAUUGAUUAUACACUAGCGAACAAUGCAGUAGGUGGCAAAUACGUCAUGUUGGAACAGAGAUGCCUCCGUAAUGAUUACUGUAAACGUGGUUAUUUUCGCGGGGGUUUAUUUUCGCGAUUUCGAUACGUAAACUAUACGCGCGGGGUAAUUUUCGCGAUUGACCCACCUUCGUUUUAUAGUUCGAGUUUACUCAAAUUAAUAUCAAAAUAAUACACGUGGGGAAAAUUUUCGCGAUCAAAAGGGAUCCGCGUAAUUAGCGUAAAUUCCCCCCUCGCGUAAAUGUCCACCUGUACAGUAUCAAAAAUGAAGCGGAAGGUACUUGAGUUACUGUAUUUUACUGAUCCUAGAUUGAUCAUCUGUUGGUGAGUUUGAUAUACCUUCUAAAGCAUCCCACUUUAGAACAUCUAGUCGGAUAUUCUCUAACGGCUCAAAACGAUCCUAGCCAGUGUUGUCCUGUACGUGUGUUAUUGUUUAUGUACUUACCGAACGGACAGUCAUGGAAGGAUCCGUUUUUAACCCUAGGUCUGGUGCAAAAAAAAAAUCUAAUAAAAUUAUUUAUAAUUCUACUCCGUUUAAGUACCUCAGAUUCAGUUGUAGGAUUGUAUAAAAGGCCGAUGUAAAAAUUCAGAAUACUUGAUAUGAGGAUGAGGAGACCCAAAUAAAAUGUAUACCAUAUCUAUCACGAUAAAAAUGGGAGCUAUGGCCUCACACCUAGCUGAGCAGUUGUUGUAAAUUUCCAUUGUUUCAAUAGUAAUAUUACCACCCCAUGGCUUACAUCAUUAUGUCACCAACAAAAGAACCACGGAGUUUAAUAUUGCUUUGAUACUGUAACAGUAUUUCAAAUCAGCCCGAUGAAAUGUUUAAAUACUAAAACUAAUACUCGUUAUUUGAUAUACAACUUGAAAUUCAUGUCCAUAUCCUAUAAGCUUUAUGAAACUCAUCUUCUCGUCAGAGGUUUGCAGAUAUGAGUAAAAACCGUAAGACAGAUAGAGACUUGUGAAGAUCCUUGUUUUUGCUAUCCUGUUAUUUUUUGCUGUUGAUUGAACAUGUUCAUUAUAAAACAUGUGAUGUAAAAUGAGCUGUCUGUGAUUAGAUAUGUUCUUUAUGUCGUGUCGUCAUGCACUAUAGAUACCGCGCCUCCUCAGAAUGUCCGGAAAACCGGAAUCUGUUGCACAAUAAAUUUGAUGAAUGGUUA